CUCUCUCUCUCUCUCUCACGAACAUGAGAAAAUAUUCUACUCUUCUUAACAUUGGGAGAUCCAAUAAGAGAUGGGUUCAAGAGACUUCUUACCUUACAUCACAUCAUAUUCAUAUCCGCCACCAUCCUCAAUCACCACUAACACCACUACCACUACCCCCGCCCCCACUGCCAUCGCCACCCUUUUCCUUUUCCUUUUCUCACGUCUCAAAGAACAGAUGCGGUUUGCUUAAUACUGUUUCUCACAAUUAUUCUCGAACAACUCUUUCUAAUCUAAGCCAUAAUCAUCUCCAUGCUAAACUCUCCACCCUCCACACGUUAGAACUCUCCAACGAUAUGGUUGACUACUCACUCGACUACCAAGUUACAGUGAAAGACAUCGAGGUCAUUUCAGCAGCUCAGGCGCCGACUCACGAACUCUGGCUUCCCUUAACCAACUUAGACUUACUCCUACCACCACUUGCCGCCGGAGUUUUCUUUUGCUACAAGAAAAAUGAUGACACUGCCACUUCAACGGAAACGGUGGUGAAGACGCUUAAGAAAUCUUUGGGUAUUGUGUUAUCCACAUUUUACCCGCUCGCCGGAGAGAUACUCCCGAACAGGCUUGGGGAACCGGAGGUGCUCUGCAACAACUAUGGUGUGGAGUUUGUACAUGCUCACGCUGACGUUGACCUUCAAACGCUAGAUUUGCAUCACCCUGAUGAAACUGUGAAGGGAAAGUUGGUCCCUAAGAUUAAUCGUGGUGUGAUUUCAGUUCAGGUCACAGAGUUGAAAUGUGGAGCAAUAAUAUUAUCAUGUGCUUUUGAUCACCGUUUCACUGAUGGCGAUUCUUUAAACAUGUUCUUGGCUGCAUGGGUUGACUUAACCCAAUUCAAUAAAAUUUCAAACAUCCCAUCUUUUCGAUCAUCUAUUCUCAACCCAAGACGCCCACCCCAUUACGACACAACCUUUGAUGAUCUGUAUAUUCCCAUAUCGUCAUUGCCUCCUCCAACACCUUCCUGUGAUGACGAACUUUGUAGUCGUAUCUACUACAUUCAUGCAGAAUCCGUUAAUAACCUUCAAUCACAAGCCAGUACAAAAGACAUUAGAAGAAGCAAAGUUCAGUCUUUUACAGCAUAUAUAUGGAAAUUAUUAGCUCAACAAGUCGAUGAUGAUGUAAACAAAACAUCUAGAGUGGGUGUUGUUGUUAGUGGACGACAUUUCCUUACUGGAAAUAGUGAGGAAGAAUCGUCUAUGUUAAAGAACCACUUUGGCAACAUAUUAUCUAUACCAUAUGGUGAGGCAAACAAUCGCCAACUCAAGGAAAUGACACUUAAUGAAGUCGCAAAUAAGGUUCAUGAGUUUGUGAAGGAGACAACAAAUGAAGAACAUUUUAGGGGGUUGGUUGAUUGGGUAGAGUUGCAUAGGCCAGAGCCAGCAGUUGCAAGGGUUUAUUUCAAGCUACAAGAGACUGAUGGGGAUGCAAUAGUUGUAUCAUCAGGACAAGGUUUACCGAUUAAAGAUAUGAACUUUGGAUUGGGAGAGCCAAUCUUUUGGAUCUUACCAUUUCCCAUGGGGGGGUCAAACUGGAUAUAUAACUACCAUGCCGAGUGCGAGACAUAAUGGAGAUUGGAUUGUUUACACGCAUCUCAAACAAAAACACUUGGACCUGAUUGACCAUAAGGCAUCUCACAUCUUCAAGCCCUUAACUAAUUCCUAUUUACAUUUUCGUUGAUGUACCUAGUAAUUUAAAUCUUCUGUGAAUGUUUUAUA